CCCGAACGCGUUGAACUUGGACCAUUGCCACUUACGACCACUGUCUUCCUCUCGACGGCUCUACAGCAACGAUACGCAUACAGAAAGCACCGACAUGUCUGCAUUCAACUCUGUAAUCUCGUGUGCAGCAGAAUGGCCCACUGAGAUACAACACCUGGCGUGCUUACUUGACUCUCCAAUUCCCCCACGACUUUCUAAUGGCCCAUUCCCAACUGUCUCUUCUAGAGCAUCUCCUUUGCUCGAGGAGCUCGUAAAUAUUCUGGUAUCUUCACCAGAACAACUCACCGAGUCACCCUCGGAAGUACUGGAUAUUUUGGAUUUGGUGCUUUCGACCGUUGGUGCACUCCGAGCUCUGUCGUGCGCGUCGACGGACAAUGCUACGCAGUCAACGAUAGCGUUUUGGUCACUUCUGAUACGGUCUCUGGCAUUUGUCUGUUAUGAUAAGUCAUAUGCAAUGGAAGAGGUAGCUUUCGUCCGACCACGGUUAUCGCACGUGCGAAGUUUCCUGGAGGACGGACAUGCUUCAUUGCUGAUAUCUCACGUCGUUGAAGAUAUUCAACGGCCAAGGCCUGUAGUGGAGAACGAAGCUUCGGGGCGCCUGUCUAUCGGGACCGCGGAACGAUCAAAUGAACGAUCGCAGGAAGAAUACGAGUCUGAAACUUCAUACGACGAUUCAUCAUCCUCCGAUAGUGACACCAGCUAUGAACACACGGAGGCUUCGACGGAUCUGACAUCAGCCCAGUCAUCCUACGUUCCCCUUGAUGCCCACGUUCUCGCUUCUUGGCGACACCCGAACUCUGUUGUUCUCCCGUACCUUUGUGUCACCGAUGAGGAUGACAUUUUCAGCCUAAUGAGUGGUGUUCUUUAUCAGCGAUCUACUUGGGGAAUUUCUGAGCCUGUUAUUGGAUUUAUCCUGUCAAAAACAGGAUUCGUGGGCCGAGUGGUGCUCGGUUGGCUUGACAAAGUGUGCGCGGACCCUGAUGUUCUACCCCCAGUUCGUUUUGCGCAUGCAGAUGGGACGCGUACAGACUCCUUAUUAGGGGUGUACGACCUCACCGACCCCCUCAGCGCUCUGAAAUUUGCACAAUUUAUCAUCAGCCUUCGUGCGCAUGUCGAGGGAAUCGUUGGCCAACGCGGAACUCCGACGUUCAAACGACUUGCGUGGAGAUCAGAUACUAUCGAUGAUGACAGCUCCGGCCCCGAAGAACAAUGGGAACAAAGGAUUGUUUGUUGGCUAAAUACGGUUGAAAGAUGUGACACGAACCAAAAAGGACGUUCGGAUCCUUCAUCACCUAACUACUAUUCAUUUGCCAUGGAUGACUCUGAACGACCCGUUACGCGGGCUUCUUCCAAGGCCAGGUCUGCACACCGUCCGAGGCGCUCGAUGUCUGCAGAUAGUAAACGUGAACCUCCGCCAGCGGAGCCUGCUCGAUUUGUACCCGACGUCAAUCUCAUGUACGUCCUCGAACGUUCCCAGGGAGCUACGGGUUCGCGGACGCCGUCGGAUAGAGCGUCUGCUCAGCCCGAUGAACGUGGACGACAAGAAAGGAAGACGGAUGGUGGGUCUUCUGACAAUGCAAAGACUAGUAAACGCUCGAAGAGCGCAGAUGCAUUGUCUUGUUCAGCGUUGGGUGCAAAGUCCUUGGCCGGCAUAUCCCAUUCCGCGAAGCUCUCAUUUUCCAGUUAUGCACAUGAUCGCCAUAUCACGAGUUUGACCAACGUACAGCUCAACGUAGAUGGCUCGGAACUGAAAAAAUGGAAGAUGACCGCACUCGAGAUCAACGAGAUGCUCGAAUUUUACACCAAAAUGACAGAAUAUAUGAAACCACCUAUUACUGAGCACGAAUUGCCUGUCGUCGACAAACGGGUUGAGGAUGUGCGAACACACUUCUUCAAACAAGCAAAUGCGUGCCCGGACGGCAAGAAUACUCCUGAGCUCCCUCAAGACUUAUGGAGUGUCAUUUCUGGGUGUUUCUCGUCUCUUUUGUGGGCGUCAGUUGGCGGAUACUCGAAGGAGCUGGGCGGUAAAUCCCACAAUGAAGCUGAAGCCCGCCACGAGUGGGAUAUUCUUCUCAAUCUUGGUUUUGUGGACACCCAAGAGCUGGCCUCUGGAAGAGUAGUACAAUUCCAGGAUGUUGCAGAGCAAUCAUACGAUAUCAUUCUAUCUGUUCAACGACUAUUGCGUGACAGUCCCAUCUCUUCUACGGAGGACAAGCUUCUCCGUCAGACUUUGCAUGUUUCUCAUGCUGCUGGACUCCAUACAUUGGCUGUCUCGGAUCUCUUUGCUAAUCCAGAAGCAGCGAAAACUGCUAUUUUAAAGCGUGCUGGUGAUGAACCAGAACUCGGCAUUGUCGAUGCGAUCCUCACAAUACCACUAGACCACGUCCGGAAAACGUCGGAACCGCUUGUUCGUAUCACAGAAACCCGCGAAACUGUCAAUGCCGCUCGGACACUCAAUCCAGAUAAUAUUGUUGAGCCUGACGGUGUUGCGGAACCUGACGAGCCGUCGUCAAAGGCGAGAAAGGGUCACGCUAAAAAGUCUAGUGGAUCUGGACCUCCUUCGGUACGAACGAGGUCGAUGUCCGCUCGAAUGGUUGCAAUCGAGGAAGAGCGGGAAGCAGCUACUCAAGGAUGUCUCAGUGACGAAGCGAAGAGGGCCGAUGACAAGAAAAACGACACACCAAAGACGAAUACGGAAGACCUAACACAUCCAUUGGCGGUGACAUGCUCAGAGACGAAAUCAGCACCCAAGAUGGUCUUCCGGCCUGGAGCGGUGAUGAACGUCAAGGAGCUCCUCACGAAACUUCUGUUGGCUGUUCUACUCGUCGAGUACAAGAAGCGCACUCAGACUUACGCGAAGGCGCUUGUGCAGGCGAAAAUAUACUUGGAAGCUUCGGUUAGGUAUCUUGCAAGUCUGGGAGUCACGAAACAAGGUGUUUUCGCGUUAGCUACAGAUGGUGUCGAAGGAGCCGUGCUGAUGGCUUGGUGUUCGAGAGAUUCCGAGGCAAGUUCUUUUCUCCGGCUCGGUACCGUGCCUGUAUUCAUCUCGUUUUACUAG